AUGAUUCUGCCUCGCGAGCAUGAGACGCCUUUUAACAAGGCGCCGCUGAUUCGGGCGAUGGCGGCGCUACUCAUGGUGAUCGCGAUUCUCUCGGCCUUCACGCGAAUCGUCACUCGGCUCCUCACCGUGGGGACUUUCAAGAAAGACGACAAGCUUGUCGCAGCAGCCACAGUAGUAGUCAUUGCGCAGUCGGCCGCUGUGAUAUCUCAAGGUGCGAACGGCCUAGGCAAGCUCGAGAGCCUUAGCCCCGAUAAGGAAUCGUACAUCUUGAAGAGUCAUUAUGCAUCUGACGUCCUGUACAUUGCUGGAUUGCUGCUAUCCAAAGUGUCUGCAACGAGGACACUCUGGGGCAUGGCGCCGCGAGAGCGCAGAAAGACAAUCUGGGCCAUUGAGGCACUCAUUGCUGCUUGGGCCUCAUCGUCUAUUCUCGCGUCAUUGUUUCAGUGCUCGCUCCCGCAGCCGUGGGACUUUGUUCACGGUCAAUGCUUUAAUCGGUCUAUCUUUUGGAUCUAUGUCGAUGCCCUCAACAUCGUAACAGAUCUCGCCAUCACAGGCAUCCUCGUCGAGAUGUUCGUCAAGCUCAAAACAUCUACCUCCAAAAAAAUUCUAGUCAUCAGUGUAUUCGGAUGUCGCAUCUUGUGCGUCACAUAUGCACCCAUUCAAUGGCAUGAGCAUGCGCUAACCCCCAAAUCAUAUAGUAUCAUUCCUCCGAUUGUCUCACACAUGUACUACUUUAAACGUAUCGCCGACUCACCAAACCCCCUCUUCGACGUGUGGCAGCCCACAGUCAUCGUGCAGGUCAUCCAAUGCCUCAGUAUCAUGGCGACAUGCAUUCCCUACCUCAAGCCUUUCAUGGACAGCCUCAACUCCGGGCAGAUGGCCGCCGGCGACUACCGCGGAACCAGGAGCAAGGGCAGCAACAGCAGGAGCCAGAGCGGCUACGCAUCUGCUCGCAUGAGCCGUCCGCCAAGGAGCUCACGAGGCACAGGGGCAGGCAUUACGUCCUUUGCCACGCGGGCCUCGCACAGAUUACAAAAGUACGAAAUGAUGGACAUGAGCGUUAACCGCGACCGGGCAGACGGGGUUGAGGAGAACAUUACUACGGUCACGGCGGGGAAGAAGGAGGAUGUCAGCAACAGCCCCAACAACAAGUCGUGGGAUGGGCAGAGCCACACGAGCCAAACGGUGCUCGUUCAAUCAACGUGGCGUGUAGACGUUGAGGAGAGUGGCAAGGAUGACAAGUGUGCCACAGCGGCAGAUACCAGAUAG